CCCACCUAAUCUGCACCGUCUCGAGGGGUAUUUUCGUCCAAGAUUCACUUGGUGCCGUACAUUCUCUCUCAGACUCCGAUCUCGAGGUUCCCCUUUCUCUCUCCACAAACCCAGCUUUUUCUCUCUCACAAUUCACUCAUCCUCCUUCGAACCGGAUCGAACCGGACCGGAAGGCACACACCGCCUGCCAUGGGAGUCCCUGCGUUUUACAGGUGGCUUGCAGAUCGGUACCCUCGGUCCAUAAUCGACGUCAUAGAAGAGGAGCCGAGGGAGGGCCCGAAUGGCGUCGCGAUACCAAUUGACGUUUCGAGACCUAACCCUAACGGCCUGGAAUUCGAUAACUUGUACCUCGACAUGAACGGGAUUAUCCAUCCCUGUUUUCAUCCCGAGGGCAAGCCUGCACCAGCCACUUAUGAUGAUGUGUUCAAAUCAAUAUUUGAGUAUAUUGACCAUGUCUUCUCAUUGGUUCGCCCGAGGAAGCUUCUUUUCAUGGCCAUAGAUGGGGUUGCACCAAGAGCAAAAAUGAAUCAACAGCGAUCUCGUCGCUUUAGAGCUGCAAAAGAUGCAGCUGCAGCAGAAGCUGAAGAGGAGAGAUUGAGGAAAGAAUUUGAGUCUGAGGGGAGAAACUUGUUCCCUAAAGAAAAGGCUGAGACAUCAGAUUCAAAUGUCAUCACUCCUGGCACCCAAUUUAUGGCUAUGCUAUCAGUAGCACUUCAAUAUUACAUACAAUCUAGGUUGAACCUGAACCGUGGCUGGUGGCCAACAAAGGUUAUUCUUUCUGAUUCAAAUGUUCCUGGUGAGGGAGAACACAAAAUCAUGUCAUAUAUUCGACUACAACGUAAUCUUCCUGGUUAUGAUCCAAACACUCGGCAUUGUUUAUAUGGUCUGGAUGCAGAUUUGAUCAUGCUGUCUUUAGCUACUCAUGAGGUUCACUUCUCAAUAUUAAGAGAGGUGGUCACCCUUCCUGGGCAACAGGAAAAAUGUUUUGCCUGUGGUCAAGUUGGUCAUCUGGCAGCAGAGUGUCGUGGCAAGCCAGGUGAUGAAGCUGAAGAUUGGAAUGUAGUGGACGAUACCCCAAUUUAUAAGAAAAAAUAUCAGUUUCUUCAUAUUUGGGUGUUGCGAGAAUAUUUACUACAUGAUUUGGCGAUCCCUGAUCCUCCAUUUGUGAUAAACUUUGAGAAAAUAGUAGAUGACUUUGUGUUUAUGUGUUUCUUUGUGGGCAACGACUUUCUUCCACAUAUGCCAACUUUGGAAAUUACAGAGGGUGCUAUAAAUUUACUGAUGCAUGUUUAUAGAAGGGAAUUUGCUAGUAUGGGUGGUUAUCUGACUGAUUCGGGUGAGGUGUUGUUGGAUAGAGUAGAACAUUUUAUUCAGUCUGUUUCUGUUAAUGAAGAUCAAAUAUUUCAGAAGAGGACUCGUAUACAGCAGUUUAGCCUAUGCAAAAUCCAGUCUUUUAGGAAGAGGCAUUAUUCUGGGAAAUUAAUUUCCAAUCCAAGUUAAAUGUAUUUUCUUUCUCAGAUUAAAUUGGGGGAACCUGGAUAUAAGGAAAGGUACUAUACUGAGAAAUUUGAUCUAUCAAAUCCAGAGGAAAUUGAUCAAGUUAAAAAUGAUGUGGUGUUGAAAUAUGUGGAAGGUUUAUGUUGGGUUUGCCGCUACUACUACCAGGGUGUAUGCUCAUGGCAAUGGUUUUAUCCUUAUCAUUAUGCUCCUUUUGCUUCGGAUCUUAAAGAUCUCUCUGAUUUAGAAAUAACAUUUUUCUUGGGAGAACCAUUUAAACCCUUUGAUCAGCUAAUGGGAACCCUACCAGCUGCAAGUGCAAAUGCAUUGCCAGAAGAAUACAGAAAAUUGUUGAUUAAUCCAUCCUCGCCUAUCUGUAAAUUUUAUCCUUCUGAUUUUGAAAUCGACAUGAAUGGUAAACGGUUCGCAUGGCAGGGUGUUGCCAAAUUGCCAUUCAUUGAUGAGAAGAAAUUGCUAGCUGAGACAAGAAAGCUUGAAGCCACGUUAACGGAGGAAGAGCAGUUUCGGAAUAGCGUGAUGCUUGAUUUGCUAUAUGUACAUGCCGCUCAUCCUUUGGCACGUCAGAUUAGUGCAUACUAUGAAUUUUUUAAUCUAGUACCCCCAGCUCAAAGAUAUCUUUGGACAAUUGACACAAAUGUUAGUGGUGGAAUGAAUGGAUAUAUUUGGUUAUGUCAGAGGAAUGCACUAAAGAGCAUAGUUAUAUCCCCAAUCAAUGGAUUGCCAAAUAUAGCUCCUAAUCAAGUGUUAAAUGUUACGUAUCUUAAUCCCCCUUAUCACAAGCAUAUACCAGAACCUCCAAGGGGAGUGAUAAUGCCGAAAAAGGUAAAUUUUAAAUGUCCUUGGGAUUUGUUGGUAUUAUCUGUAGGAAAUAUGAAAACAAAUGGCUUUAUCUGAUGCAGUCAUGUGACUGGUACUAUAUCCCAUGCAUUCAUCAUAGUUAUUGAACAUUGCAUUACUGGAGUUCCUCCUUGAAAGCCUUUAAGGCCUCAUUUAGUUACAAAGAGCAGAGUAACAUUGGAUUCAAUAGUGAUCGACAAGAAUUGCCUUAGUCUGUCAAUUUGGAUGGUUUACAUUUUUGAAGUGAGACUAGAGUAUGCUAGUCAUUUAGUCACGCAUUCUUGGAAGAAGUAUGACUGCACUUUUCUUAAGAUGCAUUUUGAAGUUCAAAAUAUGAUACAUCAAUAUUAUUCAUGCGUGCAGACAUUCACAAAAAUCAUGAUCUUGCAUAGUAUGGAUUCUUCCAUUAUUUAUUUGUAUAUGUACCUUAUAUAAUUUUAGGUCUCUAUUAAAGAGAAAGUAUCACAUAGAUUAAUGUAGUUUGGGGAAAACCAAAUUAGAUUAGGUCACUUUGUUAUAAAAAAAUAAGUUUUAAGAAGAGCAUAAGAAAUUAAAGAAAAGAGAGAAUAAGAUAUCCUCCUACAAGAAGGAAAAGGUGAAAAAGAAAAUCAGAGAACAUGGAAUAGAUAAUUGAAUGCUCUUGGUUCCUUUGCAAGCUAGAAAACUGUAUAUCUAAAAAGUACCUGGGCUUUAAUUCAUAUAGAUUCCAAAAACACCACCUUAUCCAAAUAUAAGAGUAAGAAUACUGGGUGCGUUUACGGAAAUUUC